GGCUCCGCGCCCCCCGGCGAGCUGGCCCCGGCGGCGGCCGCGCCCGAGGCGCCCGUCUACGCGAACCUGAGUAGCUACGCGGGCGGCGCCGGGGGCGCGGGGGGCGCCGGGACGGUCGCCUUCGCCGCCGAACCCGUGCCCUUCCCGCCGCCGCCACCCCCGGGCGCGUUGGGGCCGCCGCGCCUGGCUGCGCUCAAGGACGAACCACAGACGGUGCCCGACGUGCCGAGCUUCGGUGAGAGCCCGCCGCUGUCACCCAUCGACAUGGACACGCAGGAGCGCAUCAAGGCGGAGCGCAAGCGGCUGCGCAACCGCAUCGCCGCCUCCAAGUGCCGCAAGCGCAAGCUGGAGCGCAUCUCGCGCCUGGAGGAGAAAGUGAAGACCCUUAAGAGCCAGAACACGGAGCUGGCGUCCACUGCAAGCCUGCUGCGCGAGCAGGUGGCGCAGCUCAAGCAGAAAGUCCUCAGCCACGUCAACAGCGGCUGCCAGCUGCUGCCCCAGCACCAGGUGCCCGCGUACUGAGUCCGCGCGCGGGGCGCAUGCGCGGCCACCCUCCCCGAGGGGCGGGCUCGCGGGGGGGUGUCGUGGGCGCCCCGGACUUGGAGAGGGUGCCGCCCUGGGGACCCCCCUUCCCCCGAGUGUGCCCAGGAAUUCAGAGAGGGCGCGGCCCCCGGGGAUCCCCCCCGAGGGUGCCCAGGACUCGGAAGGGGCGCCCCGGACUCGACAAGCUGGACCCCCUGCUCCCGGGGGGGCGAGCGCAUGACCCCCCGCCCUCGCGCUGCCUCUGUCCCCCGCGCGGCCGCCCUGUGUUGCACAAACCCGCGCGUCUCGGCUGCCACCUUGUACACCGCGCAGCGGAAGGGGGCUCCGAGGGGGCGCAGCCUCAAACCCAGCCUUUCUUUUCCUUUAACUUUUUUUUUUUUUUCCUUUGGAAGAGAGAAGAACAGAGUGUUCGAUUCUGCCCUAUUUAUGUUUCUACUUGGGAACAAACGUUGGUUGUGUGUGUGUGUGUUUUCUUGUGUUGGUUUUUUAAAGAAAUGGGAAGAAGAAAAAAAAUUCUCCGCCCCUUUCCUCGAUCUCGCUUCCCCCUUCGGUUCUUUCGACCGGUCCCCCCUCCUUUUUCUGUUUUGUUUUGUUUUGCUACGAGUCCACAUUCCUGUUUGUAAUCCUUGGUUCGCCCGGUUUUCUGUUUUCAGUAAAGUCUCGUUACGCCA